AUGGCAAGGGAGCCGAGGGAGCCCUCGACGCCGCGCAUCCUCAUUGAGUCGGAUCGUCCGGCAAGGGCUCUUACCCCGCCAGCAACUGCCCCAGCGAGCUCCGAUGUCGGGCUGAGCCUGAGCCUGAGCCUGGGCGAGUCUCGCAGGGACUUCCGGCCAGCCACGAGCGAGCGAGCGAGUCUUCGGCUGGUGGAGCAGACGAAAAUCGAUGAUCCGGACAAGUUUAAGAUUUGGGAUGAAGGAGGAAGGGCCAACACCCCAAUCUCCUUCUGGAAAGAGGAAAGGCAGUACGAAGCCGCCGCUGAACAAGCCUUUGGCACAUCAUCGACGCCUUGGUCGAAUCUGUCACACAGGAAGGUCCGAGCCAUGCAAGAGAAGGGGCACAUGCGGGCCCUACUGCUGGGCCCCUCACAGGGCUCUACGUCGGGCCCGGAAACGCCGCGGGAUUUGAACGGUCUCUGGAUCUCCACAGAUGGGGAGCUGCGAGGGGAGAUAGAGGGAGACGUCUUGCGCUGGGACUGCGACGGCUCUCGUUCACGGCUGCAGCUGGCUGGUGAGCGCCAGGAGAUCGUUUCUUUAGCCGUCGAUGGAUGCCGGCACUUUGGAGCCCUAAGCGAGGAUGGACGGCGCUUGCUGUGGGCCGACGGAGAUGUUUGGGUGCGACACGACCAGGAGGCGCAGGCUCUGGCCAAGGUUGUGAGGGACCAGUGCGGGGGCGGCUGGCAGCCGCAGCCCCAACCUCCCAACGACUGCGAGCCGUCAGCUGCUGGCCCGCCUGUCGGCUGGUCCAAAUGGAAGCUUCGAUGGCGGCCAAACUCCGAUGGCCCGGCCUGGCCGAGGUGCCCAGAAUGGCUGGUGCAGUGGGCAGAGUCGCUUUGUGCAUGCUCCAGGGCAGACAGCCACUUUGUGCAGUCCGCCGGAGGGUGUUGCAUCAUUUCGCUGGAUGCAGAAGCAGGGGCCUUGCACGUCUUGGCACACUUCUGUGAGAAAGCGAAAGCAUUUGCCAGGCUCUGCUCCCGGCUGCAGCCGCUUGGAGGCAACGUCUUCGGCUGCCUCCUUCUUGGCUCCUUGCCGGAGGCGAAUCCCCAAGCUUCGAGAGCCGUGUCUAGCGGUCCAGUGGUGACGUGUGUGCCGUUGCAGGUGAGCUCACACCUCUGGCAGCACCAGGUCUUCCAGCGAGAUGUUUCACUGUGA